AUGUGUGUGUUGUGUGAAGAAAGCCAGGAGACUUGCCAGCAUUUGUUCUUUGGAUGUAGAUAUUCGGCUAAAAUCUGGAAAGUUCUAGUUGGAGGCAUCAUGAAAGAAGCAUUUACUCUGAACUGGAAUGACAUUAUUGAGAUGAUAGCGAACUCCAGCUACACAGCUACUAAGACAUUCCUUAUCCGGUAUGCUUUCAAAGCUCUAGUUCAUAGCAUAUGGCGAGAAAGUAAUGGGCGUAGACAUGGGAAGCAGUCAAAAGAUGAACAGGUUCUGAUCAAAUGUGUUGAUAGAACAAUCCGACUGAAACUGCUAUCAGUUAAAGGGAAGGGGAAGAAAUAUUUGGAAGAAGGUCUAUGUACUUGGUUUGGAACAAGAAUACAAGACUCAACUAUAAAUUGGUUAGAAUGGAACUAA